AAAUCUCCCAAUCUAUGGAGAUUAAACACUAUUCAUCGAGUGGAAGAACUGAAAUCUGUGAUCAGAAUGGGACCAAUAUGGGCAUCUGGGAUCCUGCUCAUCACAGCCUAUGCUCAACAAAGCACCUUUUCCCUCCAGCAAGCCAAGACCAUGGACCGACACCUCAGCAAGUCCUUUGAGAUCCCUGCCGGAUCCAUGUCCGUCUUUACCAUGGCCUCCAUGCUGUCCACGGUCGUCAUCUACGACCGCGUCUUCGUCCACGUCGCCCGCCGCUUCACGGGGCUCGACCGUGGCAUCACCUUCUUGCAGCGGAUGGGGAUAGGCUUAGUCAUUUCGAUAUUAGCCACUCUGGUUGCUGGCUUCGUGGAAGUGAAGCGGAAAAAGGCGGCUUUCGCCCAUGGGCUUGAAGAUAAGGCCCAUUCCAUCAUCCCCAUUUCAGUGUUCUGGCUAGUCCCACAGUACAGCCUACAUGGGAUAGCUGAAGCAUUCAUGUCAAUCGGUCACAUGGAAUUUUUCUACGACCAGUCACCGGAGAGCAUGAGGAGCACCGCCUUUGCUCUGUUUUGGCUAUCGAUUUCCAUGGGAAAUUAUGUGAGUACCCUUUUGGUUUCCUUAGUGCACAAGUUCAGUGCGAAGCAGGACGGUUCGAAUUGGCUGCCGGACAACAACUUGAACAAAGGAAAGUUGGAGUACUUUUAUUGGUUAAUUACUUGCUUGCAGGUUUUUAAUCUUAUUUACUACCUUUGUUGUGCCAAGAAAUACACACUUAAGCCAAUCCAGUUUCAAAGUAAAGAGAGUGACUCCGAAGAAGGUAGAUCAGUAGAGCUUGCCAAUAAAGUUUAAUUUAUUGGUUUGGAUCUUGUACAUAAAAAUGCUUCCUGCUUUUCUCUUUUGCUUUGUCAAGGUAGCGUCUUCUCUUUCCCCAGUGAUAGAUAAAGUAGCUAGGCCAGACGUCUAAGUAGUUUUUUUCUUUUCUUUUUUUUUUUUUCUUUUUUAUAAGGGCAAUGGUUAGUAUGUUAGUAUUGUUAGAUGUUAGUAACUGGGGAUCGAGAUCUGGUGAACAGUCCACCAACCUCAAUGGAGCGCGUGGCAAUCGGGCCGUUUGGUGGAAUUCGACGUCUAAGUAGAUAUGUAUCAUUAAUAUAGGCCUGUAAAAAUACUUAAUGAUGAAGGAACUUGACAAAAAUAAAUAAAUAACUUGGUU